CAAGUUCCGUUUUCAUAGUGUUUAGGAGAGUUCUUCCCGAUUCGGAAGCCAGUUAAGGCCGAAGGAAGUGUGGGGUGUGAGGACGUUCAAGUUGUAUGGCAAAUUGAAAUUUCGAUGUGGGAGAAACACUUGAUACGUUUGGCGAACACCGUUGAACGUGUAUGAACUAGAAGCGUAAGAAAAUGAGGAAAUUCGAUCAUGCAUAUAGUUAUCGACUUUUCGAUUUGCUUUCAAACGCAGCACAUGCCUCACAAUGCAAGAGAAUUACAACCGUGGUGUUCCAGUUAACACAAAAUAGUUGUUCCAUUUCUCGUGAACUGUAUGUAGUUGUAACGAAGAAUCGAUUGGAACAACUCAGGGAAAACAAAACUAGGUAUGCGGCAGGGAUAUCGGAUGUCAUACUUGAUUCAGGAGGGUUUCUCGUGCUGUCUGGUGAACCGCACUUUGCACUCACGCUGUUUGGAGGUUUCCACAAGCGAGGCUGAUUUUACUGGUAGGAUCAGUCAGUCGUUGUGUGGCGGCCGGCAAAGUCUUUUCGGUUUGAUUAAGGAUAAGAUUGAAUUCGGUUAUACCACAACUGUAGUGAAAUUAAUGAAGUGAAUUUCAGUGAAUAUGCCAAACUGUUAUUAAAUUUGAAGUUAUUUUAUUAUUUAGAAUUUUGGGAUUUAUCUUUCUGUGGAGUAUUGUUUUCGAUUCAGAAAUUCCAUAGUUUUACCCAUCCUAUAAAGUGAGAACAUAUAAGAAACAUCUAGAAACCAAACCAUUUGUUUCCUGAAAUGACGGAUGAACGAACGCCAUUAACUUUGGGACCACCGCCCCCACUGGAUACGGAUGAUCCCGGAUACAUUCAUCAUGUCAAAAGUCACGAAACGUAUCGGGAGCGGCAGGUGAAAACCUUUCAGUGCUGGAUCUGUUCGGCCAUCUUGGGGGCUUUCAUGAUUGGAAUCAUCAUUAGCCUGAGCUACAUAAUUCUGGGCGAUCCGGUUCCGUUUAGCAACAGCACCGAUCAGGAUACCGCGAAUGUGACUCAACCAUCGGCUGGUUUUCCGGAUAUUUUUAAUCUCAUUAGCUUCCCAUUGAAUGAUGAGCCAAUUCCAGCUUGGGACGCUCCGAAUGUUACCGAUCAGGAGUUAGCGGACGCCAUAUCUGAGGGGGAGAAGGCACUCGGUGACAAAGAACUGCUGGAAGAAGCGCUAACGGCUCCACCAGUAAACUCGCCAACAUACCGACAUCAGCGGGCCGUCAGUACGACCCUAGCUGCUAGACUGGCAUCGAAAAUUGGCUACGUUGAGAACAAGGCCACCAAAGCGAUUGCCAAGAAGUUUAACAUCGGCAAACGUCAUCGCCGGUGGAGUAUUGGAAAGGGUCCAGCCACAAAAGUGAUUCAUCAGAACGAAACACAGAGAUGCGAUUUCAACGCUCGAUAUCGCAGUAACAACGGAACGUGCAAUAAUCAGAAAUACCCUUUCAGUUAUGGAGUGGCGUUGAUCCCCUUUCGACGUCAGCUGACACCGGACUAUGGAGAUGGCGUUUCGAGCCCUCGAACCAGUGCUGAUGGGAAGGAGUUGGCUAGUGCUCGUCAGGUUUCGAUAGACAUUCAUCGGCCAUCGUACCAUAGCGAUCCAAAUUUUACCGUAAUGUUGGCAGUCUGGGGACAAUUUUUGGAUCACGACAUAACCUCGACGGCUUUGAAUCAGGGUGUGGGUGGAAAAGCAAUAGAAUGCUGUGAUCCUGGACAACCUUUACAUCCGGAAUGCUAUCCAGUGCCGCUUGGCCCGGGUGAUCCUUACUUCCAUGAAUACAAUCUAACCUGCAUGAACUUUGUUCGCUCGAUUCCGGCACCAACAGGGCAUAUAGGACCACGCCAACAGUUGAAUCAGGCAACUGCAUAUAUUGACGGAUCUGUCGUGUAUGGAUCUGAUGAUGCCAAAGUGCGAAGAUUACGUACAGGUCGAGAAGGCAAACUACGUAUGCUGACUACACCGGACGGCCGAGCGUUGCUUCCAACAUCUACAGAUCCGAACGAUGGAUGCAAUGAAGAGCAGAUGAACGCCGCCGGAAAGUAUUGUUUUGAAUCCGGAGAUGAACGUGCUAACGAAAAUCUUCAUCUUACUUCGAUGCAUUUGAUCUGGGCCAGGCAUCAUAAUAGCUUGGCAGAGGAACUGAAAAAAGUCAACCCUGACUGGGACGAUGAGCGUUUGUUUCAGGAGGCGAGAAGAAUUCUUGCCGCGCAGAUGCAACACAUAACCUACAACGAGUUUUUGCCACUGAUUAUCGGGGCAGACAACAGUGAAAAGAUGGGUAUAAGUCCGGAUCCAGAAACUGAUAAAGACUCGUAUAACGCAACCGUAGAUCCUUCUAUUGCCAAUGUUUUCGCAGCGGCAGCAUUUCGGUUUGCGCACACUCUUCUUCCUGGUCUGAUGCAGAAGACAAGGGAUCCAACUUCGUCCCGUUCCGGAAUAGAGCUCCACAAAAUGCUCUUCAAUCCGUACUCCCUGUACGGUAAAAGUGGCCUCGAUGAUGCAAUCGGUGGAGCCAUGAGUACCGCACUGGGUAAGUACGAUCGCUACUUCACCAGUGAGUUGACGGAGCAUCUGUUCGAGAAACCAUCGGAUCUGUUAACCGAUCGACCCUGUGGGCUGGAUUUGGUUUCGCUAAACAUUCAACGCGGUCGGGAUCAUGGGUUACCUUCGUAUCCCCACUGGAGGAAGCACUGCCAUCUACCGCCGGUAGAUAGUUGGGCACAGGUCGGUGAAGCGGUUGAUCCGGGAUCGCUGGAACAGAUGCGUAAGAUUUACCAGCAGCCAGAAAACGUCGAUGUUUAUUCCGGCGCGUUAAGUGAACCUCCCGUCAAGGGAGGAAUCGUAGGACCAUUGCUUACAUGCCUGAUCGGGGACCAAUUUCUUCGGCUUAAACAAGGUGAUUCAUUUUGGUACGAACGCCGAAAAGGUCCUCAACGGUUCACGAGAGACCAGUUGCAUCAAAUCUACAAUACUCGAUUGUCCAGCAUAAUAUGUCGCAAUUCUGACGCCAUUUCCCACUCUCCAGUCUAUCUGAUGCGAAAGGUCAGUGAAAUAAACAAUCCGGAGCUGCCAUGCGUUGAGCUGGAUUCGUUCGAUUUCGAAGUAUUUCGAGACAGAAAAGGUGCACCAUCGGCUAGGGUUAAGGUACCCAACAGCAAGAUGAACGUUGUGGUGAGGCCACUGACCACGGUUAAAAGUAUUACUGGUGCUGAAGUUUUAACAGAACCCAACGCUCCUUUUACCACUGAUUCUGAGCCUAUGACGAGUACCGUUGCUUCAUAAUUUGUGUAAUUUCAAGUGGUAGAUUUAACUGUCGAUGACAAAAUGCAAUAAAGCGAUAAAAAUAUUCUUUAUUGAAGAGUGCGUCAUAAUCAGUGAGCUUUUGUUAGGAAAAUAAAUAAAAGGAUAGAGAUUCUCCAAGUAUGGUUUUUUCUAGUCCUUUUAAAAUGA